AUGACGGUAGCCAUUGGCGACGAGAUCCGCGACUCCUCGGCCUUCGCCGAGAAGAUGAAUGACAGCUUCGACUCGACGCGCCUUCGCAUCCGCGGGACCAUGAACCGCAUGCUCGUCAUGGCCGAGAAGACGGGCGUCGGCUGGAAGGUCUGGCUCGGCUUCUUCGCGGCCGUGUGUUUGUUGUUCAUUUACGUCUGGCUUUUUUAA